CAGAUGGUCCUCUUGGCUUUGCUGGUGGUUGCUUUCAUAAGGCCAAGAAUGCCUUAGCAGUUCUGACAGGAAAGCACAUUUUUGGGGGGAUAUGGACGGGCGGUCGGCCAAAUGUGCAGAACAUACAAAUCAAUAGAACUGGGGGACUGCAGUUAUGUAAAUGUUUUUCCAAUGGAAUGCAAGCUAGCUCCGGGGAGAACAGGGGAGGGCCAGAUCUUCAGAAGUCAUUAUGCAAUGCUAGCCAACUGUAUAUAAGACCCCAACCUGACAGAAAACCAGAAGAUCUCUGAGAGCUGUCCACAUUUUGGUAACCAGUAUGCUGCGGUACAUUGUGGCCCUCUGUCUCCUGGCUUUGUCCUGGGCGCAGGACUGCCAGGUGGCCAACAUCCAGGUCAUGCAGAACUUUGACAAGACCAGGUAUGCGGGGACAUGGUAUGUAAUAGCAAAGAAGGACCCAGAGGGUUUGUUCUUACUUGACAACAUCAUGGCCCAGUUUACUGUUGCAGAUGAUGGCAAAAUGACUGCCACUGCUAAGGGCAGAGUCAUUAUCCUCAACAAUUGGGAAAUGUGUGCUGACAUGUUGGCCACCUUUGAGGAAACCUCUGACCCUGCCAAGUUCAGGAUGAAGUACUGGGGAGUUGCAUCCUACCUGCAGACUGGAAAUGAUGACCAUUGGGUGAUCGACACUGACUACGAUAACUACGCCAUCCACUACUCCUGCAGACUACAAGACUCUGACGGCACUUGCCUAGACAGCUACUCCAUGAUAUUCUCUCGUCAUCUGGACGGUCUGAGGCCGGAGGACCAGCGCACUGUCCACCAGAAAAAGAUGGACCUCUGCCUGCUGGGCAAAUACAGACGCGUUGCACACACUGGCUUCUGCGACAGCAGCUGAUCUGUUGACACUCAGAAAACUUCUUUUUGAAGCAACCCCACCCCCCUGCAUGCCCCUCUACUGGACUUGGACUGAUUCCCACCGGAGUUCUCUCUCCUCUACUGUCUGUGUCUAUCUUAACAGAGAAAGUAGCCCAAUUAAAAAUAAACUAAAAAUGGUAAACUAGAAAGUCACAUUCACAUGACUAUAUUGUAAAUAGAAAGGAAAGGUGAGUGUUAAUGCUGGUCUGUUACUACUUUCCCAAAUUUCCCUAUUAUUAAAGGAGAUUCUGGGCCUUUUAACAUUUUAUCCUCAACUGUAUGCUCAUCUGUUUUUUUUGUAUGUCAACUUCAGAGUAGUGUAAAACAACCUUCCUCAUGGAAACCAGUGGAAGUUGUUCUCUGGUUCCAGUGAGAAAACUAGACAUAUCAGAUAAGUGAAAAACAACUUUUGGAACUUUGCAGGCCAAUGUGACAAAUAAUCAGUUGUGAAAAGCUGAAACUGUCAGCAUUAGGCAGCUCUGGAGUAUAACCACCAAAAAAACCAACAACAGGUAGCACAUUAAGUCAUGUGCUAUAUGGGCAUAGUAGUUUGGUUGUGUCUUGAUUGUAUUGUACUUCUUGAUCCAGUUUUUGAAAUUAAACAUUCAUACAGUG